AUGGAAUCAGGAAGUGGAUCCCCUUCCAUCACGACCAUGAAUCAUCAUUCAUCCCUCUCUACUCACGAAAAACCUCAACAAAUUCCGUUGAUUAAUUACGUUGAUGGGAAAUUUCAAAUUGAUAAAAAAUCUGUUGAAAUCAUUUCAAAAAUUAAAGAGCCGAUUGCUGUGCUUUCCAUCGCUGGAGUGUAUCGAUCGGGAAAGAGUUUUUUAUUGAACCAGAUUUUGGAUCGAAAUGAUGGCUUUUCGAUCAGUCCGACGGUCAUGCCAUGCACCAAAGGAUUAUGGAUAUGGAGUGUUCCUCUAAAAGUAUCCAACAAGAACCAUUCAGAUUUUAGAUUAUUAAUUGUCGAUUCCGAAGGCAUUGGCUCUUUUUGUGCAAAUGAAACCUAUGACACUCAAAUAUUCGCUCUAGCAUUACUUUUGAGCUCUUUCUUUAUAUAUAAUAGCGUCGGAAGCAUUGACGAUAAUGCAAUAACUAGACUAGGUCUGGUGACAGAAUUAUCAAAGUAUAUAAAAUCAAAGCUAAGAAGUGACGUGAAUUCUUUAUUUCCCUCGUUUCUAUGGGUUGUUAGAGAUUUUACUUUGGACUUGAAUGUAGAGGGACGAAAAAUUACCUCUAAAGAAUAUUUAGAAAAUGCAUUAGCAGUUGAAGAUCGAAUCGUAUCAGAGACUGAAAGAGCAAAACAACAGAUCAAAAACUCUCUUAAACAAUACUUUAUUGAUAGAGACUGUUUUACUUUACUACGACCGAUUCAUGACGAAAGAAAACUUCAAAACGCAUCCAAAGUAGAUAUUAAUGAUAUUCGAUUUGAAUUUAGACAACAAAUUGAAAUUUUAAAAGACAAAAUAUUUAAUAACAUCAAGCCAAAAGAAUUUCCGGGAAAAUGCUCAAUGGAAGAAUGUUCAUCAGUCUUUGCGAAAAUUAUUGCAAUGCCAUGA